GGGGUUUGAAAAUUUUAACCUGUUCAUUCAUUCGCCCGAGCAUUAAAUCCAGUUGACCCAACUCCUAUAACCACCUUUACUGCCACUAACAUUUGUUAUUUAUAUAUAUAUAUGAAUAUAUGUACACAUACGACAGCAACCAAACUGGCUUCUCUCCCCAGUCAUCGUAGCCCUAUACUAGUUCUGCUCCGUUUCAAUUCAACAACAACAACAACAACAACAACAACAUAAAAGGUGGUGGUCCCUUAUUCCAAGAAUAAUAAUAACAACAAUACCAAGUAUGUGGACAUCAGUUCCGGGGUUCUUCACUUCACAUGCCUGUGGAGGCAUGACCGGCUAGAAUUAACCAUAAUAAUAAGAAUAAUAAGACAAUACAAGUUAUCUACCUGGAGCAUAUCACCAGAUAGCAGUCCGUGAGUUACCGAAUCACCGUCAAUACCCACCUCAACUAGACACAUGCAUUGUAUACCCGUUUUUACUGCAAAGCAGUACCAGGACAAUCUAGACGCCAAGAGGAAGUGAGGACAAAGCUAUUAUCUAUGUAUGUAUAUAUACAUAUAUAUGAAGAAGGAGAAUAAGCAAACAAGGAAAAUAGCGAAUGGAGUACUCGUUGACAACUCCUACCUCAACUAAUCCCCUUGGUUUAAUCUUUUAUCUCUAUUUCUCUUCUAUCUCCAUCUUUGUCUCGGGUCUUCCAAUCCCCACUAUCAGCGCAACGUCAACCAGUACAGCCAGCAGGUCAUGCUGUGGUUGUACGUGAUGCAAAAAAUACAAGUAAGGCAUCUUAUUAUACUUACACAUAUAUACAUGUACAUAUAUAUUCUUGUACUCUUUCACCAGUCUGGGUUGCUCGCCUUGCCGUUACUCGCUCGGCCUCCUGGUCCCUGGUCUCUGCCUCACCUUCAGCACCUCUUUCACCCUACAUAUUCCCAACAACUACAUACUCCUAUUCUAUCUGGUUCAACCUCGCAUCCUAUCACACAAUAUAAUACAUAUAUAUACAUGUACAUUUAUCAUAUAAGUAAUGGUAGUUAUGUCGCAUUACAGACUCGUAUCACACCAACAUGCUGUCAGUCUUAGCCGCAGCCUCAGUGCAGAAAAUGAGUAUGAGAGUGAGCAUGAACAUGAAAGACAGAGACAGACAACAAGAGAGUUAGUAGUCGGAGCCUGUUUGCGUUCGAUACACGGAAUCACCUCGUGGUUCUCGGAACGCGGCAGACUGUCGCCAGUCACGCCAGACGGCGCAUCGCUCGCGCGCAACAUCGUCGUUGAUCCUCGUCAGCGGCACCCGGCACAUCAUCAGGCUCUCGGGCUUUCACAGUCGGCUACUCGUUCCUUCCUAUGCUCUACUACGUCAGUGUAUUGGUACCCAACCAGUCGACAUGUGAAUGUCUAAGUACAACACCCGUCCUCACCACUACCACCAGAGAAACUCUCCUCUGAGUUGGAUGAAGCCGCAGAUCCUGCGAAUUUACCAAGACAAAUCGCUUAGUUCGUGGAAAUGUGACGGGAAAAUAUUUAAGUUCUUCCGACAUAGUACUCAAGUGUAACUACAGUUAACAACAAUUACUCUUCCGGAAAUCCAGGUAGCAAACCAACAAGAGGAUUUGUGAAAAUUAGUGUCUAGGACAAGUAUACCUGGAAAAAUAAAUGUUUAAUGUAAAAUAUAUUUUCAGACAAUUAAAAGGAAGUAACAAGUGUAGAGUUUGGAGUUUAGUGUAGGCCUGUAGUAGCCUUGGUUCGAGUUGUUACUUGUUACUGUUACUACAACGACCACGACGACGACGGCUGUUUAAGUAAAAGUGUGCAAAGCAAUUAGGCGCCAGUGACGUCAAGGCUAGACACUCCAAGUCACAUGAAAAGUGUUUAGUUGAGCGUGGUAGUACUAAAGUGUGCGGUUUGUAUGAAACCUUAUUUUUAUUUAAAGUCUACUCGGCUGCUGCUGGCCGCGUGCAUCAAAUAUCGCGUGGAAAAAAUUAUUUUUAUAUUUUACUGUCUAAAUAAAAAUUCCUGAUAAUUUAUCAAGAAAGUCUGGAUCCGAUACUAAUUGGAGUAAAAUUUGAGGUCUGGACCCCAACUGACCAUUUAACCCGCCAGUGUACACUAAGUGUGUACAGGCAAUGACUAACUGCGCGUCAAGUGUGUGGAUUGUAAAAGGUAUCGAGGCAACUCGCCAGUGCACACUCUCAUCAUCAUCAUCAUCAUCAUCCUUGUCAACGUCGCCGUCAGUUUCAUUACCACUUUAUUGCAGCGAUAGUGGUAGUAGUGUUGUCUGUGAUUGUAAAAACCGUGUAGGUAUAAGUGGGAGCAAUUGUGGCGACCGGACUGCUGGUGGUGGACUACUGGGCUACGCGAGGACGAGAUUUGCAUAGCAAUCAGAUUGACAUAGCACUGGAGACUCAAGCAGUGGCAAUGACAGACCCCCAGUUAGCAAACAACACUAGUUGUAAUAACAAUAACAAAAACCCAAGUACAAAUAACAAUAAUAAUAAUCAUAGCAACAAUAACAACAACAACAACGAUGGAGAGCCAAAGUACUUGCAUAAAAAGUUUAAAAAGAUGGCGACUGUCGAGGUGUCGUCACCGCUGGAAAUCAAGAAAGAAUCAGCAAAAACUAUCGUGCAUCAGACUGAGUCCUCAGAGGUCACCCGACGAGGUCCAUCCAAUGACGUCACCAAAAACAUUAAUAAUAAUAAUAAUAGUAGUAGCAACAAAGAGUCUUCCAAGGCCAAGGAGUCUUCCGAGAGCGGCGGCGAGCCCGUCGAGACUAAAAAAACGGGAUACGUCUGUCCUUACUGCAAACUUUCUUGUUCGAAACCAAGUGUCCUGCAAAAGCACAUAAGAGCCCACACCAAUGAGCGGCCAUAUCCCUGUUUACUUUGCGGGUUUGCUUUUAAGACAAAGUCCAAUUUAUAUAAACACCGGAGGUCAAGAGCUCACAGCGCUAAGGCCGAGGGUACUGCCGAUCAAGCUGGAAAGGUAUCAGAAGAUUCGGACAUAAGUUUGUCGGACAGUGCAAGCAAUGGAACGGGAACACCACCGCCUUUGCCUUCAUCAGUGGUAUCAUCUUCCAAUCAACUCGAACCUAACACGAAAACCGUUAAAACUGGCAAGAUAUACAAGCCAAAGUUUCAUACGGCUCUCGAGUCUGUAAAUAACGAGACAGGAAGUUUAUCUGUUUCAUCGGUUCCCGCUACUGCGACCUCAACUUCCUCUAGCUCCUUGUUGCCCAAUGGAACUACUCCGUCUCCAGUGACUACGUCAAUAAUAAAACCCAACCCUGAACAAUUACAAGAGCAUAUUGACAAGAUAAUUACCGACAACCAGGCGAUUGUCGAAGCAGUAGACCCGCGGCUCCAUAAAUUAAUGCAGCGACAACAGCCGCAGGCAAAAUCCGCCGAGCAGCCGCUCAAUUUGUCUUCCUCAACUGAAGAGACUUUGUCACUGUCUCGCAAACGCUGCUACAGCGAGAGCUUCGUCCAAGACAAAGGUGUCAAGCCAGGAAAUCAACCAAUAAAUCAGGGAUCGAUUAUCAAAGAUUUGCUGUUAAAAAAUCGCGCCAGCGCUAAUGAUGACUUUGUGUGCACGACCUGCAAAAUAUCUUACACGAGUGCCGACAACCUCGAAGCACACAGACGUUACUAUUGUAAAGGGUCUUCGUCGUCAUCAUCGCUGUCGUCGUCGUCCUCAGCCUCGCCCUCGCCGAGUCCGAAGCGGGAGUUCCAAUUAGAUUUAGAGAAGCGAGACGAACUGGAUAGCGGGAGUAAGUCAGCGGAGUAUUACAACAGCGUAAAACCACUUCCUUCACCAGGUCCUCUAUUGGGCAACACACGGCUCGUCGACGCUUACGCUCCGGCAAUAAAAAAGCACAGACUCACUGACCUGAGUGUGCCUCCAACGAGUCUAAGAUCACUCGAAGAGUUAUCAAAGUACCCGCGACCUAAUUCACUGCAGAUGUUCGGCGGACAAGUAAGAAUACUAGACAAUACUGGGGAAACAAAGACAAUGAGGAUCGAACCCAGACAAACAAAUUCACCAACAACUGAUGACUCUAUGAGUAAUCACAAUGGCAGUAACUCAACCAGCGGAUCUUCAUCUGAAACCUCUUCAAUAGUCGUGCGGUCUAGUUUACACUCGGGUGGUACGAUGGUCCAUAAACCACCGGGUGGAAGCUGCUCUAGUGGUGGUAAUUCAGUAAGCAGCAGCACCACCACCAAUUGUUCAUUGUCGAAUUCCAUAUCGAUGGCGGCAAAUGCUCCUAAAAUGCUGGCACCAAUCAUACCAAACAUAUCAACCCCAAAUAUUGCACCGACAAUGACGUGCUACGGUAAUUAUUUAGAGCCACGAUUAAAUCCGCUGACGAUAACUGCCUACAAUCCGCUUACUCUUCCACAGUCUGGUAUAACGAGCAUUUUACACGGUGGUAAAAUAAUUCCGUAUGUACCGGGAAUGCCGGGUCCUCAUACGCUAAUGGGUACGUCGGCUGACAUAUCACAGUCGGUGGUCCAGCCAUCACCGACCGACUCUACCGGCUACAAAAUAGUACCGGGUAUUCCUGGACUUGAAAUUAUACCUGGAUCCCAGCCACUGGACCUGGCGAGUCCUGUAAAAGGUGUCCCGCCUUAUGUACCUGGUAUUCCUGGACCAAUGACACCAACUGAGCAUGACCAGAUGAAGCCUUUUUUCGGACCACUUGACCUGGCAAAAGACACAAAAGUCCUCGGAAGUUUCAAGCACCCGAAUAAUGGAUCCGUGUUGUCACCUAAAGUAAUAAAUCAGUCUGUCAAAUUUGAUGAUAAGUAUCGCAGGAUGUCUUCUUCUUCAAAUCUUAAUAAUAAUAACCCUGAUUCGGAUACCGAUCGCCAUAUCCUAAAAAAUUCAAAGUACAAACUCGAGCCAAGUUCCCGUAAAGAUAAUUGUUGUUAUGACAACAAGAACUUUAAAACUGACAAUAUUAAUAGUUACAGCAAUGGCACCUUUGAAAGAACUUCGCCGAAGCUGAGUGAGAGCCGUAAGCGGCCCGCGAGUUGGGGUGACGCAGACAAUUUGAUGAUGAUGACAAAUGACAGAGUCAGUCCGUCACUAAAAUAUGACUCGCUGGAGAAUGGAAGGAGUAAGAUGUCACCGGAAACAGUAACUGCUACUGUUGCUGCUACCUCUGGUAAUUUAUUUUUAAAUGGAUCUCGUCCACGCGCUGAAAGUGUACCGCCGGUGAUAAUAAUGGACCUGGACACCGCGAGUAUCCAACAAGAGCAACGCAAGUCUUCGCCAGAGCUGACAGUUAGUCUAGACAAUAGUAAGUCAUCAUCAUCUUCGGAAUUGACGCAAGAGACGUCGACUAAAUUUCUCCGGCCCUCAUCUUUGCCGCUGAAACCCGGGACAUUUACACCAAAGAGACAUCACGGGAUAACCCCGACUCUCAAUACACUUCCGCUAAUAAGUCCAGAAACUCCACGACCCAGGAAAUCUUAUGGUCAGCUGUAUCUAAACGGACACGCCUAUACAUAUCUUGGUCUCAAGUGCUCGACCCGGGCGUAUUACUGUACAGUAAAUCGACCUCAGCCGAUGUACGUUCUUCAGCGUCAGACUCUCUCAAUGUAUUCGAACUGGAAAAUAUUCAACCAACCUCCUCAAGACCUGGAGCUCGACCACUACGACUCGCGGAACCGCCCGUCAAAUUAUACCACCGCGGGUAAAAAUCACGAGGCGAUUCUCACUCACUCCUCCCAGCGACCCGCGGCUCGGCUGAACUCUGACAGCUCGGGUGGUCAGGAGACCGACGGCAAUAGCCAGAAGUUGGCGAAGAGAAUUAAAAUAUUUGACGGUGGAUUCGAGAGCAACGAGGACUACACGUAUGUAAGAGGGCGAGGGAGGGGCAGAUAUGUGUGCGAAGAAUGCGGAAUACGAUGCAAGAAACCGUCGAUGCUUAAAAAACAUAUCAGAACUCACACAGACGUCAGACCUUACACCUGUAAAUACUGUGCGUUUAGUUUUAAAACAAAGGGUAAUUUAACAAAACACAUGAAGUCGAAAGCGCACUACAAAAAGUGCCGGGAGCUUGGUAUUGACCCAGUGCCGACGACCGUUUGCGAUGAAAACAUUGACAAGGAAGCUAUCGCGAGACUUGUGGCGGGUGGGGGUGAAAAUCCCGAAGAGUCGUCGGACGAAGAGGAAGAGACGGACGCCGAUGAAAGUGAGGAGUCUGGGAGCGAAGAACAUGAGGCUGCUCAAAGUCUACUGAGUUUGUCUCAGCUGAAUCAAAGUCAAAGUAACAGCAAAAAUAAUACCGGCAGUGCCAGUAGAGUCCAACUGCCUCCGGGUCUGCUACCUGCCAGUCGACCUACAACUUAUCCCUACACUCUGACAACUUUACUGUCAACGACAACCUCGACCACCACUACGACAACUGCUACCGCGAGUUUAGCAGCGACGACUCCCAGCACUUCGGCCGCGACGGUCAUUCAAAGUGAAUCCUGUAAUCGAUACUACUUUCCGUCAAGCAGAUCCCUGCAAGAUAAUUCCCGGGACAGCGUAAUACGAUCUACCAAAGUCGAACAACAAGACACCUCCGAUGACGUACCACCUGAACACAGCGCUCCGGUAAAUGGAGAGGGAAUCGAGGACCAAACGACGCGUAAUAUCGGAGCUUCUCAGCCGAUGGAUCUGAGUACCACGAAAGUGACACCUGGGUUUGAUGGCUGCGUUGUAAAAAGAUCAUCGUCGGUGGACAUUCUCACGCCGGUGUCUGAGCCAAUUCUCAUGCAAACCAUUGUCCAGACUAUGGAAAGGCUUCCCCCGCAAGGCAGAGAAUGGAAACCCGACGCAGAGGGUCACAUGCUUCAAGCCUACUUGACUGAAAGACACGUCAUGGACAGUAAGAUUAAGCAACAGUACCGGGUCGGAGGAGCUUCCAAGCAUGAAAACAACAAAAAACAAAUUGUUUUUUCAAAUAAAUUGGAAAACUGCUUCAUCAGCAACUCACGUAACAGCAACUUGUUCUCCAACUCAACGCCUACGGUAACUUAUACUGAUCCUAGUAGAAUGCAUCAUCAUCUUCAGCAGCAAUUGAUUGUUGGGACCAAGAAAGAAGACCCAGUUAAGGUUGAAGUAAAAACCAGCGAGCGAAGGCCUUUUGAUAUCGAUUCACUUCACUAUCCUCUUACUAACACGAGGGAUAAUCAGCAGCAGGACAUUUUGAGGCUGUCCGCGCGAGCUAAUCAAGACUAUUCUCCUUUGAUACCAACUAGACUAAAUUACCCGCCGGAGAUGAACACCCGCGAGCUAAUUGCUCACGAGCAAAUUAAAAAUAGCAGUGAGACCAGAGAAAAUGGUGUUGCUAGUCAUGAGAGACAAGACUUUACCCCGUCACCUAACAGAGAACCGACAACACCAUCGAGGUACGAGAGACCUCCGAGUGCUGCUACUUUACCAGAGUUUAAGGUCCCCUGCUCUGAGUUGAAGCCGAUUAUCAGCCAGGAGCGAGAGCAAAUUGACAGCAAGCCGGGUAUUGAGUACAGAGUAGCGAUGGAACCAUCCAAGAUCCUGAUUCCCGAUGUCAAUUUAGCGAGACAGGGCCACGCGGUUGCUGACGCGCGAAAUAAUUCUGAUAGAGUUGCUGUUGAUGUCAAAAUAAAUAUUGACAGCUUGAAUAAACAGGCAGUUGGCGGGUGUGCUGUCAAUGUUGUCGAUAGUAUCAAGCAGCAGCAGCACAACGUCGCCAGGAAAAUGGUCGUCGGGGGUCCAGGAUUCAGGUCUCCGUCUCCAUCACGCGGAAACGGCAAACCCAUGGCUGAAUUUCUGCCACCGUCCAGUAUUGCGCCGAACUACGUGAGUAUAGGGGAAGACGGCCGCAGCACCUGUGGGAUUUGUAACAAAGUCUUCAAUAAGCCGAGCCAAUUAAAACUCCACAUCAACAUCCACUACUUCGAGCGGCCGUUCAGAUGCGAAAGUUGCGCGGUGUCGUUUCGCACAAAGGGCCACUUGACGAAACACGAACGAUCGGUUUCGCAUCACAACAAGGUCAGCAUGACCUCGACAUUUGGCGCGGCAACGACUACCAAUCCGCGGCCAUUCAAGUGCACAGACUGUAAAAUAGCCUUCCGUAUUCACGGACAUCUUGCCAAACAUUUGAGAAGUAAAAUGCACAUAAUGAAACUUGAGUGCAUUGGGAAAUUACCAUUUGGUACUUACGCCGAAAUGGAAAGAUCAGGAGUUAAUUUAAAUGAUAUUGACACCACUGAUUGUGACAACAGUCUCGCUAGUCUUCAGAUGCUGGCUAAAAAAUUGUACGAUCAGGAUCCCAGUAAAAUAGGUCAGUGGGAUACGGAAAUGAUACCAGCGUACCAUCAAGCAACGACGAGUGGUGGGGAAACUUCUUCUGAUGAAGGCGAACCCAUUCAUCCAUUACCGGCAACGACAGCCGCAACGACCUCAUCUCCGUCAUCAUUCACAACUUCACCGACUGUUGAUAUAUCAUCGGUGUCGCGAGCAUAUCAUCACUUGCCUAAUUUAGUUGUUAAUGAGCAUAACAAUAAAUCAGCCGUCGAAUCUCACGUGCCAAAUUCACGAUUUGACGAUAAUAACUUAUCUUCUUCCUCUUCGUCGUCUUCUUCUUUGCCGUACAAGUGCCAAAUGUGCGCUGCGUCAUACAGGACCGGUGGUGAAUUACAGGUCCACUGUUUUGUCGAGCACAAUGUUGACAAUAGAAAUCACGAUUCCGGUAAAGAAAACACUCAUAUUAAAAUAAGUAACGAGGAUACGAGUAAUGUACAUGAUAAAAAUGACGACACAUAGUGCCAAAUGUACGCUCACAAGCGGCCAUAUAAAAUCUUUAUUUUUUAAAUUUUCAUUGCUGAUAUUUAUGACAGCAAAUAUCUUCGCCGGUCGAUAAACCACACGAUGAUUAAUCGCUUAUUUUUUUAAUUUAAUUUGUAAUUAAUAGAGAUGUGGAAAUUCAAAUUUUUUGAAACGAAUCAAACCGAAGUAUUCGAUUCGAAUUUCCGGAUAAUUUGAAUUUUUUUGUAAAGUUUUGAAUUAGGAAAUUUACAAAUAACUCAAAAUUUAUUUUGAAAAAUUAUAUUUUUUUUACAUCAUGUUAAAGAAAAUAUAAAUCGGACUCAAGUUUACGAGAUAAUUAUUUUUGAUUAUUUGAAAAAAAUUAAAUAUUUGAAAGCUGGUCAAAAUUUUCAUAUACGAUUCAAAAUUCUGAUAAUUUGAAUUUUUGAAAAAUUUUCGAAGUUUGUAAGAAUUUUAUUUAUUUACAAAAUUGUAACUUUUAAAAAUUGGUAAUAAUUUAUCAAAUUGAAUUAAAAAUUCAAAAUUGUAACAAAAUAUUUGGAUUUGAAUUUAAAUUCAAAAAUUCAAACUACAUUGAAAUUAAUAUGAAAAUUUUCUUUCACUAAUUCAUGACAUAUUUAAAAAAAAAAUUUCAAUCAAAAGUUGAAAUUUAAAAAUUCAAAAUCUGAAUUAUUUUCUAAAAACAUGUCUAUUAAUUUACCACUCGAAUUUCCACAUAAAGCCACUCAUAAAUAUUACAAACUCUAUCACAGGACAUAAUUAUUUAAAAAAUAUUAACCCGCUGUAUUUUUAAUUAAUGCAAUGAGCUAACAUGUGAUCUAGAGUUUUAUAAAAUUAAGAAAAAAAAAUGAAUUAUUGUAAUUUCAAGUAUUGCAUUAACAUAAAUGAACAAGUUUAUAUAAAUAUAUAUAUAUUUGUAUAUAUGUAUACUAAAAUAUUACUAUAAUUAUUAUUAUUAAUUAACUUUUAAUUAAUUUAUAUAACUCAGGAGUAUGACUACAAUUAUAAUGACAAAUUAUAAAUGAUCAAUAAUUGACAUCAACAUGCAGCCAUCAGUAAUAAAGAUCUUAUAUUAUUGAGAUCUAGAUGGGCCUAGUGAACAUUUGUAAAUUUGUAUAGUAGACUAAUUACAACUGACAAAUUUAAAACAAUGUUUGAUUGAAAUAAAAAUAGUCGUAAUUAUAAGCGCGCUGUAAAUAUCUAAUCAAGUAAUCAGGUGAUUACAAUAAUUAUUAUCAUUUAAAACUAAAGUGUUUAUUGAAAGUCCAAUUAAUACGAUCGAUAUUAUUUAUUAUGAGCUACAAGAUAAAAAAAACAAAUAUGUAACGAUAAUUAUCAUUGUGCUCAAAAUAAUUACACACAAUGUCUUUCCUAACGCAUAAUCACAUUACUUCGAUAAUCAUUAAACUCGUACCUACUAAAUGUGCUUGAGAGUGAGAUAUAAAUAUAUAUAUAUACAUAUAAAUAUAUAUAAAGUAGAAUUUAAAUAAAUUUAACCGCACAAUUAUAUACAACGAGGGAUCAUUGAGGGGGAUAAUUGUUGCCAAAUGUAUGAAUGACGUAGUUUAGAUCUUUAUCUUAUAAAAAAAAAACAAAUUAGUUAUAUUAUUAUUAUUAUCAUUAUUAUUAUUGAUUAUAAAAUGUAGUAUUUUAUGUAUGUAAUGCCCGUCGUGCAACUUAUUAAUUAAAAUGAUAAUGAAAGUCGAGGCGUAAAUGAAGUAAAUGAUUUAAAAAAAAUAUAUAUGUAUACAAGCGUCCAAUGCCGGGUCAACGUCUUUAUUUUUUGAUAAAAUAAAAAUAAAACAUAUCAAAAAUUUAAUUAUUAUAGUUUUUAUUAUUUGGAGUUUGAAUUUUAUUUUUUGGGACUUAAUUACUCGAGGAAAUUACAGGCUGCUUGCAUGCGGUCUGACCCAUGCGAGUAAUUAAGGGUGUGUUGGGUGCGAGGUGUAGACGUUGAGGUUGGCUGCUUCCAAAGUCAGUAUUAGAUAAACUUGUACAUAACAAUCAUGUAUCAACUUUUAAUCCUCGAUCGUUUCCUGGCUAAUUUUAAAUAUAUAUAUAAAUAUACUAUUGUAAUAUCUAUCUUUAUAUAUAUUUAGUAGCCUCGGUAUUGCUGCUAUUUUUAUGAAUUAUUUAAUUUUGUAUAACUUACAAAAUUUAUCAAUGAUUUAAUAUUCAAAUAAAUAACUCAGCAGCUCAAUUCUAUAAAUUUUAUUUAUUAUUAAUUAAUGGAAAAAAAAUUAGUAACAGGGUUGCAAAAUUUAAUUUUAUAUAAAUAUAUGGUCGACUUAAAUUAUUGGGUAUUGAAUAAAAAAAAAGGACUCUGAUUUGGAUCAGAUAAAUUAUUAAAUACUUUAAUGAUAAAUUUAAAAAUAUUUGAAUAUCAAUAUCGAUGUCUAGGGUCUUCCAUUCAUACUUUGUUUAUUUAAAAGAAAAACAAGCUGGCUUUUGCCAAUUUAUAUCAGACACCGGGACCGUAAUUAAAUUUUUUAAACAUAUACUCGGACUAUAAAUUGUUGAGAGUAAUUGUAUUAAAUAUUUGAAUAAAUUGAAGCUGCUAAGUGAAAAAUC